UUAAUAAGUAAGUAAUAUACUAAUCAUAGUGUACUCCUACUUACAAGCUAACAAUAUCUGUAAUCAAUGCCCUACAUUUUGAUCAGAGGUAAUCUAGCAUCGUACGGGCAUAAAAACCCUUGGCGGGUGUUGGUAUCCGGCCUAAAAGCUGGUGACAUAGAACAACUCAAAAGGUUUGCAUGCGGUGGAUAUUGUGAUGACUCGACGAUUGUUUAUCUACAACAUCCUUGCGUAAUACUCAGCGCUUUAGAGGUGCUCGGCUACAAAGUCGUUGCUUCAAGUUCCACUGCAGUGAAACAAGACUACAAUGAGUACAUGUGGACUAUGAGAAAAGAAUUUUCUGAGCCGGAACCUUCUAUCAUUGUUGAACAGGAUAACAUCACAAACUUCAGUAAAGAGGCUAUGCACUACCAACACUCCAAUAAAGACGAAGAGCCAGCAGUUUGACUACCAUUCCAAUAGCAGAUAGUGUGGUUUAUGUUGCUAUCAAAGGUUCUUUGCACGCUCAAGACUGUUCAGCUUUUGGAUUAGGACAAGAAGAGAUUAAAGCACUUGUUCAAAAAUUCGCUGGAUC